AUGUCAAUAAACUUACCCAAUAAUUCUCUUUCACUUCCCAUACCUCACUUACCCACCACACAGAACAAAGACCACACAAAAGAGGAUACUCCCUCACAUGCUACCAAGAGGGGAAGAAAAGAGUCAGCAAUAUGGGGGGAAUUUGAGAGAGGAGAGAAGAUAAACUCGGCACACUAUCAGGCUUUCUGUCUCCAUUGCAGACGAGCAACUGGCGCUGCGAAAGGCAUAGGCGGCACUCCAUACACCAUGCGAAGACACUUACUAGCUUGUCUACAUGUACCGAUAGAUGUCAAGUCAAAAUACGAGUUACCGUCAGACGUCGCUACAGACCCUUCCUUCACUCCAACUAAGCGUCGUAAAACGGUUACUUCGAUAACCAGAAGUCAGGAAAAUCUCAGUAACUCAUCAAAUCAACUAAACCAGGAGAAAGCUGUUCUUGACAGGCAGGUGUUGCGAACGUUAUUAGCCACUGGCAGUGACUUCUCAUGGGUGGAGAAUGCAGAGUCUAUCGCUCUUGUCCGGCUUCUUCGAUCAACAUAUAAACUCCCGUCGAGUAGAGCCCUGUCGAACGAAAUAUUGGACACUGAAUACAACGUUGUGAAACAGGAAAUAGAUCGUACUAUAAAUGAGGCUACAUACAUAACCAUUGCAACUGAUGGGUGGAGCAGUCAACGACCAAGCGAUUUUGUAAAUUUCUUGGUUAUCAACCAGAAUAGAAACGCCGAAUUGUAUGAUGUAUUGGAUAUUAGCAACGAGCGCCAUCAAGCCGAGAAAAUAGUUUCGCAUAUUGACGAGAUCUCUUGCAACAUUGGAGUGGAAAAGGUGGCGGCUAUUAUUUUCGAUAACGGAGGAAACCAUUCACGAGUACAGAAAUCGCUCAAUGACAAAAAUCCGAGAGUACUAGUACUUCCUUGCAUGGCUCAUCAGACAAACUUAUUAAUAGCUUACAUCCUCAAUGCGGCAUUCAAGACCGUAGUAGAAAACAUUCUUUCGGUGGUUGAUUUCUUCAGAUCAUACUCGAAUCCAAUGGAUAUGCUUCGCCAAAUCAGCAAUCUUCCAGAUCUCGUACUUCCUCGGCCGUAUCUGUCAAACUGGGAAUCGCUCUAUCACUGUGCCAAUACGCUUCACCUAGUACAAGCCAGUUUCAUGCCAUUGGCUAAUCAUCCGGCUGCGUUUAAUACUCAGAACAAGAUUGGCGCUACCGUACUGAGAUAUAUUAAAAACGACGAAUUCUGGAGCGAACUAAAUUUAUUCUGCACCAUCAUGCAUCCUUAUGCCAAGAUUGUUGAGGUUUUCCAGUCGCCCGGGUGUUCCAUUAGUGAGGUGAUGGUCUAUUGGAUUAUCCUGUAUUCCAGGAUUCAGCAGAUGCAUAUUGUUCCCGAGUUACAGCAGAGGUUACUGAGAUUCAUGAACAAGCGGUGGUCUUAUGUAGACCAAUCGUACUUUCUGGCGACCUGGCUACUGCACCCAUAUCAUCGUGGUAAUGGGAUAAUUAAGAACCGGAUUAAUGACAUAAUUGAAAGAACGCUGCACUUUUACAAGAAGAUAAUGGGAGUGGACGAUCAAGAAUAUGAGAGCGCAUUUGUUGAUCAAUUACUUAAUUUCGUCUACAAAGAACGUGAAUUUGCAAGGGCCUUUCUUACAAAGGAGUCGUUGACACGAAAUCCGUUGAGAUUUUGGUCAGUAGUAGCAGAUGUGGCGCCUCAAUUGUCUGCAUUUGCUACAAGAUUAUUUUCUAUCCCUCCGAGUGCAGUUAGUCCUGAGCGAGCAUGGUCAGUGGUCAAUGGAAGACAGGGCAAUGUCACUGGUCUAUUAGACAGAUCUGGAAGUAAAUUCCCUGCCGAUAAGAUUACUAAAAUGCAGACUAUUAACUGGCAUCUGAAGCAACAGGCGGUGUCUUCGAGCGUAAUGUCGGGUGUUAAUUCUAAUUCUAAUAUUAGUUCUCCGACGAGUGCCAACUCUGCCUCGGAUAAUACAAUGAAAAAUAACGCUGGCUCAUCGUUAGUUUCCGCUGUCAAUUCGUGGGAUGAUCAAGGUCCUAUUGAAGAGGAAUUCUUGGAUAAUUUCAAUUCUAUGUUGACAUCGGCUGGUAACGAAGAUGAUUUAACCGGCGCAGUGUCACUAAUGAGUAUUGGAGAGAGUCAACCAUUGGAUGAAAUUGCGGUUAUAUUUGAUUUAAAUGUACUAGAGGAGUUCAUGUUAACACGAUGA